UGGAAUGGUACAAACCUGCAUGAAAUGUGAGGAUUUAAGAAAGGAAAAGAGGAAACUUCUCAGGCAACUGAGAAGUGCAGAAUCAAAAUUGAAUGAUUAUAAGCAGAAGAUGACAAGUAACCAAACAGAAUGGGUGAAAACACUUCAAGACAUUAAUAACUCACCAAUGAAAGAAAAAUUUCACAAUAAUAGUGGUGCCGAUACUUCACUAUUAAGUGGUGACACAGAUGGAAAUGAGUCUGAACUGGAUUGCAAAAUGAAUUUUGCGCUCAUCGAAGAGGAAGCUACUGAAAAGUGGGAUGAUAAUGAUCCCACAUGGGCACCUGAAGAAAUAGAUGACAUUUAUAAUAAAGCAGGAGAUGAUGAUGCUGACGAUUCUAAGAAACCUAGGCUGAAGUGUGAGGGCAAAAGCUGUCAAGAGGAACCCAAGGGAAUAGUCUUUCUCUCUAAACUUCUCCUGUUAUUUCAGCAUUGUCAUUUGUGCUUUGCUCCUGAGCCAGAGCUUAAUGUUAGCCAGACGGGAACAAUGUUGUCAUUUACUUCCAAGUGUAGAAGUUGCAGUGGUACCUUUUCCUGGAACAGCCAACCCUUCCUGAUUGGAAAAUUUCCAGCAGGAAACAUACUUCUUAGCUUUGCUAUCAUCUGUGCUGGAGCAUCAGUGGGCAAAGUUUUACUUGUUUUCAAACACAUGGGACUGCUAUGCUACAGUGAGGCCACCUAUUAUUACCAUCAACGGCACCUCCUGUUCCCCACAAUUAUGAAAUUUUGGCAUUCCUAUCAGGAGAAAGUCAUAACUUCACUGAAUGGGAAAGAAGUUGUGCUAGCUGGUGAUGGCAGGCAUGACAGCAUGGGCCACUCAGCAAAAUAUGGAACCUACACCAUAUUCUGCUGCACUGUCGGCCUCAUUAUUCACAUUGUGCUUGUCCAGGCCAAUGAAGCAGGCAGCAGUUCUAACAUGGAGUUUUUUGCACAUCAAAAAGCCUUUGCUUUCUUGCUUGCAACUGGAAUGAUAAUUAAGUCCUUCAUUUCUGACCGCCACCAGUCUAUUGCAAAGUGGAUGAGGCAGGAUUGCCCCAAGAAAUGCCAGGAAUUAGGAAAGCCUCUCAUUGACCACUUCUUCGACCUAUGGCACAUUGGCAAAAAGAUUCAAAAGAUUUUGACAAAGAUCAGUAAGGAGAAAGGCUGUGAAGUAAUUGCAAGGUGGAAACAGGCAUGUGUGAGGCACUUUUAUUGGUCAGUUACCUCAACAGAACCAAAGCUGGGAGAAGUCAUACUUGCCAAGUUCAAAACCUUUCUCUAUCACAUCAUCAACCAUCACAAGGAUCUACCAAACCAGUUAUUUAACAAAUGUGCCCAUGGUGUAAUAAACACACAAAAAGUUUGGUUGACAAAAGGUUCUGUUGCUUACGAAAAGUUGGUAGAGGCUCUCACCCAAAAUUCAUUGUUGAAAGGGAUCAAGCAGGCCUCUCCUGUUGCCCAAACUAGCUGUUUGGAGGGUUACCACUCUGUGGUAAACCAGUUUGCCCCAAAAAUGCUGUCUUACUCCUAUUCAGGGAUGUUGUGCCGGACUGUUCUUGCAGCAAUCCACUUCAACUAUAACCUAAAAAGAGAAACCAAGGUUGACGAACAUGGAAAAUCUAGGCUUAAAGUCACAUACCCUAAGUUCAAGCAGGGUGAGGCAACAGUCAGAGAAGUCAGAGUUGAUCCAAAUUAUGGUGAGUUAUCACCCUUCAAUGAAUUUGACCAUAAAUCCAAUAGAGUUGGCACUUCAACUCGUACCACUGUUUAUUUUAGUAUAAUAACACAGUCCACUGUUCAAUCUUCUUUCAGAAUAUGUCUCUGAAAUGUACAACAUAUUGACAACCACAUCAAGGGAGACUUUGAAGAACAUAAAGGACCAACUUGCAGAACAGGAGCCAGCAGCAUUGCA